UAUUUCUUCAAUUUUCGAAAAGCAUAAAUUUAAAUUCCGCAGUAAUAAUUUUUUUUCGUACCCAACAAUGUCUAGUAACGCUGAACUUGUUAGCAAUUCAAAUGAUUGGAAUAAAUGGAUUGAAGAAGCGAUUUCUAAAAAACUUAUUAAGUAUUAUGAGUAUAACCAAUUUUAUAAUAUUCAAGAAAUUGGUUCCGGUGGUUUUGGAAAAGUUUGUCGUGCUAAUUGGAAGAAUUCUCAUAAGCGUUAUGCCAUAAAAUCUUUUUUUAAUAUCAAUGAUGCUACAGUCAAAGCAUUAGUUCGUGAGAUUCAACUUCAACGUGAAAUUGAUUUUCAUGAUAAUGUUAUUCGUUUUUAUGGUGUCACAACUUCUAUUAAAGAAAAUCAAAGAAAAGAAUAUUCGUUAGUGAUAGAAUAUGCAGAAAAUGGUACCCUCCGAAAAUAUUUGAAAGAAAAUUUUGAAAAUCUCACUUGGGAUGAUAAAUUUAAUCUCGCAUUUCAAUUGGUUUAUGCAGUAUCAUGUUUGCAUGAUGAUGGGAUCAUGCACCGUGAUUUGCACUCCAAUAAUGUGUUAGUCCAUAAGAAUACUAUUAAGCUAGCAGAUUUUGGUUUAUCAAAAAGAAUUGAGGAAACAUCUAAUUCUCAAUCGAGAACAUUUGGAUUAAUUCCUUAUGCUGAUCCAAAAAGCUUUAAUAAAAGUACAAAAAAAUUAUAUUUAUUAAAUAAAAAAAGUGAUGUUUACAGCAUUGGAGUAUUACUAUGGGAGAUAUCUAGUGGUCGGCCUCCUUUUCAUGGUAUACCGUAUGAUGUUGGCUUGGCUCAAAGUAUUCUACAAGGACUCAGAGAGAUACCUAUUCCAAAUACGUCUAUAGAUUAUAUAAAAAUUUAUACCGAUUGUUGGAAUAUUGAACCUGAUAAUCGUCCAACUAUUAAUCAAGUAGUUGAUGAAUUAAAAGUACUUAUAAUAAAAGAAAACAUAAAUAUAAAGGAUUUUCAUUUAUAUGAUGAUCACAAUACUGUCCAAUCAUCAAACAACUAUCAACUACUUGAUUUAGAUGUUAAAAUUUCUGAAAGUACUAAUUCAUUACAUGGAGAAUUAUCUCAAGUUAUUCAAAAUUUUAAUAUGAUAAAUACAAAAGAAAUAGAACCUUCAAUAUCAUCAAGUAACCAAUUUGGUGAUAACGUUAAUAUAAUAGUUAAUAAUAUGUUCAAUUUAUUUGAUAAUUAUGAUGAUAAUGUAGCAAAACAAAAGGUCUUAAGUUAUCUUAAUAAACAAAAUAUAACUUUGCAAGAGAUUAAUAAUUUAUUAUUGAAUAAUCAAAUUAACUCAAAUUCUAUUUACUUACUUGGAAAAUUUAAUGAUUUAGGAAUUGGGAUUAGUAUUGAUGAGCAAAAAGCAUUUGAGUUAUAUCAAAAAGCAGCAGAUUUAGGAAAUGUAUUAGGAAUAAAUGAUUUAGGAUAUUGUUAUAAACAUGGAAUUGGAAUUAAUAUUGAUAAGAAAAAAGCAUUUGAAUUAUAUCAAAAAGCAGCAUAUUUAGGAAAUUCAUUUGGAAUAAAUAAUUUAGGACAUUGUUAUAAAAAUGGAAUUGGAACUGAUAUUGAUAAGAAAAAAGCAUUUGAUUUAUAUCAAAAGGCUGCAGAUUUAGGAAAUUCAACUGGAAUAAAUAAUUUAGGAUAUUGUUAUAAAAAUGGAAUUGGAACUGAUAUUGAUAAGAAAAAAGCAUUUGAAUUAUAUCAAAAGGCUGCAGAUUUAGAGAGUAAUGCACUCAAUAUAAUUAACUGUUAAAGAUAUAGAUAAAGCUAUUUAUUGGUACAAAAAAUCAGCUGAACAAGGAGAUCAGGAUGCUCAAAUAAAUUAAAAAACUAGGUGAUGAUUCGAGAGAAGUUGACCCGAUGGAUAUUAAUGUCACUUAGCUGGAAUCUGCCCCAAUAAAAAGUUUUUGUUGGGUUUUUGUAAAAAAAAUGUAAGAUAAGUUAAUAUAACCAAUUUCGUACAAUUAUGAGCAUUCGUUUGUACAAUGUCUGUAAUAUUUUUGUAUGGUAUUUAAAAUAAAUUUGUUAUAAACAUGCAUUAUUUUUAUAUAGCAUUUG